AUGCAAAGGCCUUCCAAAGGAAUCGAAACCAAAUUUAACUAUAUCAUAGAAGAGCUUGGUUUUGAAGAUCGUCCUGAUUAUUUAGGUUUUACUCCUCCUUUUAAAUUGGAAAAAUCUUGUUCAAAAAAAAAUAUAUAUUGAGUCCAAUAUUUUGAAUUUUGAUUAUUUUUAUUAAGAAUUAAUUUAAAAGAUUAUUGUUAAAUAGCUUUUUUCCAUUAAAAUUAAAUUUAUAAAUUAUUGAUUAAAUAACUCUUUUUCCAUCAAGUUUGUCGUAAAAAUUAAUAAAUUUUCAAAUGGAAAAAUAUUUAUUCCAAUCCAAAAUACCUAUAUUUUGUUCCAAUUUAAAGGAGGUGGAGCUAGAGAAUUAUUUAAAAAGUCAUUUUCUAACUUACCAUUUUAAAAAAAUUAUACAAUUAAUUUAAAAGAUGCUAAUUUUCAUCUAAUUUAGAACGAGCAUAAGAAUGCAUUAUAUUUAAUAAGGGAAGUAGCAGAAGAUUAUCAAUCUUAUUCUAUUUUUGAUUAAGCAAUUGCAGCUGAAGCAUGAUUUAUUUAGAAGAGAAGAAGAGGAGAAUGAAGAGAACAAAUAUCAAGAAAUUCAAUAAGGAGCAAUUGAAGAAAAUAAAACUCCAGAAGAAAAAACAAAAAAUACAUAAUGGAAAAAUUAAUGUUAAAUAG